ACAACAACAACAACAACAACAACAACAGAAGCGCCCUUUGAGUCGCAGCAGCGUCAAACACAGACGCCCUGUGCGCUCUUCGCGCGCUCGAGCGGGUUCAAGUCUGUGCUUUUCCCAAAUGUUACAUCCAACACCAAAUGUCACUUGCAGCUUUCAAGAUGUCAUCAGCUGCAACUGUGACUUUAGCCCAUCUGAUGCGAACGGCUCGCUUAAUGUGACGGUUCAAGUUCAUGAUCGGCCGCUACUCGGGGGACACGGCCCACCAUGCUUGCGAAACCUGACUAUGAGCAUGAAACCAACUGCACUUUGGCUCACUGGUGAUCCUUCGGAUGUGGUCAUGCAGUGGAUGUUUUCGAACGGCAAUUGGAGUUCCUUGAAGGCCUUCCAUCUCGUCGGCUUCAUGGAAUCCACGUUCAACGUAUCAUCCCUGAUUGAUCCGCAGCACGGUGGCGCGUUGGAACUGAGUGUGCUCGACCUCCACGACAACUUCUUGACUACCAUCCUGAAUCCUCAGCAGCCGCUCAAGUCACUUCAAAUGUUAGAUGCUUCGAACAACUACCUGACUGAAAUUCCCGCUGUUUUGCUGAUGUGGGCUCCAGGGCUCAUGUCGCUGGACUUACACGGCAACCUUCUUACAGCGGUCCGCGGAGGCGACAUGCCCCUCAAAGUUCUCGAGUGCGUGAACCUCAGCCAUAACCACAUAACUGCUGUUCAAGAUGGCAGCCUGGGCUUCCUAGUUUCUUUGCUUGAAUUGGACAUGAGUGACAACCAACUUGCUGCGUUUCCGUCAGGCAUAUGCAUGCAAACACCCAACUUGAUGAAGCUGGACUUUAGCCGCAACCAGAUCACGUCUGUACCCAAUGGCACGCUUCCCACGUGCGAGGGGCGCUUAUCUUCAGUCAACCUUGCACGCAACGCCAUCACGGAACUGAAACCGCACACGUUCCCAGUCUGGCUGCACGAACUUUUCUUGGACCACAACGCCAUUACGUCAAUGGCGACAACCGCUAUCCAACCAAAUGGCAACCUCUACACGUUGACGCUCCACCACAAUAACAUCACGUGCUUGGCCCGUGGGUUCUUCGUCAGCUUCUUCAAAGUCACGUCCCUUGAUUUGAGUUUCAACGCCAUCACGUCGCUACCUGCCAACGCCUCCCUUGGGGGAGAUUAUCUGCUGGAACUGGACUUGUCCCACAACAAAAUCACCCGCGUCGAUGGCAUCAUCACCUAUGCCCUCGAAACCCUUGAUCUAUCCUUUAACCGCAUCACACGGGCCCGCGUGUGGUCUCUUGACUCGCCAAGAAGUCUUGGGUCUUUGGACUUGAGCGACAACCCGAUUUCUUCGAUCACGAACUUGCCCCCGGCCCUGACGGCAUUGUACGCCCGGAACCAUGAAAUUGGUCUGCUCGAUCUGUCCCAGCUUGUGAGCCUCCCAUAUCUGACCACCUUGGAUUUGGACACCCAUCCUGGGGUGGGGUCUGUUGCCACACUCGAUGACCAUUGGGACAUGAGCCGCCUGACCACCCUACGCCUUGCCAACGUGAUGGUGCCUCAGGAACUCCUCGAUAAGAUGAAAAAUACGUCCAUGCAGCUCACUAGCCUGCACCUUGGGUGGCCUGGACUGGAUGAGCAUGCGCUGGCGAAUAAUGCCCUCUGCGAUCUCAUGGCCAAUGAGGCACAUGACUUGAUGGUAGUCAACACCACCUACACAACUCUGACCUUGUGCCACCGUGCUCAUUUACACACGUUGUCCCUUCAAGACAACCGACAAUUGACACGAGUGUCUGUGAGCCACGGUGCGCAUCAGCUCAACGUCUCAAACUGCCCUCAGCUCCACGAGUUGUCCGUUCCUUCAGUCAACGAGAUUGACUUUAGCAACACAAGUCUUCCGCCCACGCCGGAGCUGUGUUCCACCAUUGGCACUGACGUCGUGCUUGCACGCAACCUCCGAAGCCCACAGUUUGGCGACAACAACGACACGCGACUGGUGCUGCAGCGCUGUCUUCCUGGCUCGAGCAUCGCUGAUUUCUCGGACAACCUGUGGCUAGACUCGCUGGCCCUGGUGCAGCCAGUUGUUGGGCGUGUUGUGCUCAUCAACGCAUCAGGGUCUGCUCCUUCACUGACUGGCUUUCCCACGCGUGCUUAUCCGCAGCUGCUCACGCUACACAACACUCCAGUAACCUGCACGAUCAUGCUGACAACAAUCGACCUCAACGUUGGCUACACGUUCAGUUGCGAAUGUGCACGGGGGUACAAGCUGCAACAGCAAGACAAUGCCAAGUGCGUGAGGGAGCACCCGGACUUUGCGAUGGUCGCCGGCGUAUCUGCAGCAGGCGGCGCAGCGUUCGUGCUGUUGGUGGUCCUUGUGAGCAAAUGUGUGCUGCGCGCUCAACUCAGGCGCCGUCAGUUGCUUGACGAGAACGAGGCACAAAGGCGGAGGUUGCGGCGACAACAGGCGGAAGUGGAGGCGCUCAGAGGGGCGUGGACGAUUCGCUUUGAGGAACUGCGACUCGAGAAGCGUCUGGCGGCGGGGGCGUAUGGCGUUGUGUACAAGGCUGAGUGGGACACGGUUACCGUGGCUGUGAAGGUGUUGCGAGAGAGCAUGGCGAUGGACGAAGCGACACGACGCGAGGUGGAGGCAGAGGCGGAGUUCUUGCAGCAGACGCGGCAUCCACACCUGGUGCGUUUCUUCGGCACAGGCACGGACCCCAGCAACAACCCGUUCCUUGUACUCGAGUACGUCGAGCUCGGGUCACUGAAGCACAUUCUGCAGGGAGACCUGGAAGUCCUUCUUCGUGACCAUCGCACGACACGGCAGCAUGCUGUGGAUGAUGAUGAUGAUGAUGACGAUGAUGAUGACGCCGACGUGGGGGAUGAGGGAGAUAUGCAGCCUCUGCUGGUGAAUGGGCAACCUGUUGUGCAGGCACCAGACCUGGUUCCAGACACUGUGUGGGAACUGAAGGUGCAGCUGCUCCGAGAUGUCACCAGCGGAAUGGCCUUCAUUCACUCUAAGGGCCACGCGCAUCGAGAUCUGAAGAGUGCCAACGUCCUCGUGUCUCAGCGGUUGCGUGCGAAGAUUACAGACUUCGGCACCAUUCGCCACUGUUUGCAGCCACGUGUUGCAGAUGGUGGAGCGGAUAUGUCGGGGCGUCCAGACAUGACAGUGGGCGUGGGCACACCGCUGUACAUGGCACCCGAAGUGCUUGUUGGUGGCGCAUAUGAUAUCGGAGCGGAUGUCUUCAGCUUUGGUGUGUUGAUGUGGGAGGUGGCAACGCAACAGCAACCGGAUCUGGUGGAGCAGGAGCGCCCCAGCUACCGUGGCCCUUUCAUGAGCGCGCUGGUCGACCUGCUACACGAGGGCAAACGCCUUUCAUUCCAAGAUCGAGCAGACAUACCACCGUGGUUUCAAGACUUGGCGCUGAAGUGUAUGGCGCAGAAUCCUCGGGACCGUCCGACCUUUGAUACGCUCGAGAAUGGCCGCUUGAUUGUGCGCUAGUGUGUGUGCGCUAGUGUGUGUGUGUGUGUGUGUGUGUGUGUGUGUGUG